AUGAACUCGAUUCGAGUUGUGCUCUCCGUCUGCGCUGCUUUCGCGUACCAGAUGGAACAGUUGGACGCUGACACAGCGUUCCUCAACAGUGAGUUGGAGGACCGUGUCUACAUGGAGGUACCAAUUGGCGUUGAGAACGCUCAGAACUAUGUGUGCCAGCUGAACAAGGCCAUCUAUGGACUGAAGCAAGCUGCAAGUGCCUGGAACAAAACCAUUCAUCGGGUAUUUCUUGGGUACGGAUUCAAGAGCUGUGGUGCGGACCAGUGCGUCUAUGUCAAGCGUUCCAAGAGCAAUUUCAUUUACGUCUGUCUUUACGUAGAUGAUAUGAUCAUUGCGGCGAAGACUAGUGAUGAAAUUGAUGACGUGAAAAACGCACUCAAGAGUGUCUUUAAGAUGAAGGAGCUUGGACCGGCGAAAUUUAUCCUGGGAAUGGAGAUCGACCAUAACAUGACUGCUGGAACGCUUAUGAUUAAGCAAACGCGAUACAUCGAUGAUGUGGCGAAACGGUUCGGGCAAGAGAACGCUAAGUCAAUUGACAACCCGUGUGCAACUGGUCUUAAGUUGUCAAAGUCGCAAUCGCCAGCAACGGAUGAAGAGCGAAGAAAGAUGCAAUCGAGACCUUACCGCUCCUUAAUUGGAUGCCUACUGUAUAUCACGACGUGUACUCGCCCGGACAUUUCAUUCGUGGUAACGCAACUUUCUCGUUUCCUGGAGAAUCCCGGGGCGCAGCAUUGGAACGCUGCUAUACGUGUUCUACGCUACUUAAAGACGACUCGCCAGCACGGGAUCAUCUACAAAGGUGGUACUGGCAGCGUCACAGCUGAAGCCUACUCGGAUGCGGACUGGGGUUCCAACCUCGACGACAGGCGUUCUGUCUCGGGGGUUAUGAUCAUGAUUGGGAACGCUCCGGUGAUGUUCAAAUCUAAGUUCCAACGAACGGUUGCCCUCAGCUCAGCGGAAGCUGAGUAUAUGGCUUUAAGCCUAUGCGUUCAGGAAGUGCUAUGGACGCGUGCGAUACUGACGGACAUGGGAAUGGUACAAAUGAACGCUACCCAGAUAUGGGAGGACAAUCAAGGAGCGAUUGCUUUGGCCCAAAACGCUGGUUAUCAUGCUCGGACCAAGCAUGUGGACAUCCGUCAUCACUUCAUCAGAGAGACGAUCGAAGACGGGACGGUUGCGGUAGCGUAUGUGGAAACCAAACAUCAAUUGGCCGACAUACUGACCAAGGCGCUAGGAUCCAAGACGUUCAAGUUCCUGCGCGAUGCAAACAGUAUCCAGUGCAAAGAAACCAAGCAGUAG